AUGUUGAACGCGGACAUCGAUAUAGUCGAAGUUGAAGUUGAAGGGGAUACACCUAGCGACAAGCCGGAGAGGACAUCCAUGGUCGAACUCAAGAAUGGAAGGAUUUUACUUAAGCAGAAAUUGCUCUCCUAUGAGAAAAUGUCGGACACUAUGCAAGAAAUUGUGAAAUUUCGCUGCAUGCUGGAGGAGAGGAUUGAGCAUGGAGAACCACCACUAGAUGCCAUUUCGGAGGAGUAUAGACCUUUGAUCGUGAAACUGACACACGAAAGCGAUAAAACUAUACAGGCCCUUACAAAACACAUACACAGUGAGCUUUUGCCCGUGCACGACGAGGACGAUCAGACCUCAGAGGCAGUCAGUGCGGCACUCAGUGUGGAAACAGUCGAGAAAGCUAUCAAGGCUGUUGCUAACCGCAUCGACUAUGGCCUUGAGACUAUUCCAGGGUACUCUAAAGUGCCCGCUGCCUUACACAUAUGGCGGUGGGAGGUGUUAGACGAAUGUCGAAAGUGGCUUCCUAAGGCUGCGAGAGAGAAGGCAGAAAGUCGGCUAGCUGAGCGGCGUCAGGCUAAGAUGGACGCAGCCGCGCUGUUCGCAUCGCUAUCCGAAGAGGAAAAAAACAUCAUCUUAGGCACCAAGAACGCGAGCAGAACACCUCUGAAAGCAAAGACCCGCAUCAAGGCUACGGACGAGCCAAAUGUCAUCGAUCUAAGUGGCGAGGAAUUGAAAUCGCCACAAUCCAAGAAGCAGUCAAAGGACACGGAGAAUGCACUGGGCGAGGAGCCUGGUACAGAAGCCAAAACCGGAAGCCGGGUUAAGAAAGUGGAUCCAGAAAAGGCAGCCAAAGAAAAAGAGAGACAAGAAAAGAGAGCUGCAAGAGUGGAGAAAGAGAAGAAAGAGAAAGAGGCCCAAGACAAAUCGCGCUCGAUCAUGGCCAACUUCUUUAGUAAAUCGAAAGUUCCACCAUUUGACACGACGCCUUCCAAGGAUUCCAAUGUAGCUGGCCCUUCUGUGCAAUCGGAUUUUGAGAGAACUUUCAAACCGUUUGUUGUCAAGAAAAACGUCAAGAUGGCACCGAUCAACUAUUUUCGGUGCAUGGACGGGCGAUCUCUCAAGGGGAAAGAGAGACUCGAAGGAAAUGUCAUAGUCCUGGAUGAUUUUGACCAUGAUGAUUCGAGAGAAAUUGGAGUCGUUAGUGUGAACGAAUCAAGUCUGGCAGAUCUCGGACAAUUAUCUUCUGAAGAACGCCUACAAGAUGUUUUGAAGCGUAUGCCAUUCGCCACGGGCUAUAAGCAUCGGAGGAAAAUUCCCCUUUCACAUUUAAAGACCUAUCCCUCAUAUUCUGUCCGGGAUAUCAUGGCCCGGCUCAAUGAGGCCGAGAUUUCAGGUGAUGUUUCACGAGUGCGCUCCCUUACAGCUCUGCUUCGCGACCGUACAAAGAUUCCCGCCAAAACAUUGAUCUUUACGGAGGACUUACGACCGGGCUACUUUGGCACUUGGACGCGCAGUUCGCAGGAGGUCGGACCCCGCACUCCAUUUGCGCGCGAUGUAGUUUCCAUUGACUACACCUAUGACAGCGGCGCAGAAUGGGAGGAAGAGAAUGGGGAGGCGGAUGAUGUGAUGGGUGAUGCCGAAGAGGAGGAUGUCAACGAGGAGCAAGACUCUGACCUAGACAGCUGGCUUGUGGACGAUGACGAGGUCGAGGAGCCUGGUACACCGGUCGAGGAGCGAGCCUGCACCCCAGAUGUUUGUGCCGCGGAUGCUCCGAUUCCCCUGCCGACAGUACCCAAGCGGAAGGCAGGGUCAGAGGCCACGAAGCAUGGCAAGAAGCGCAAGGUGGUGGUCCCACUUGUCCCCUUCGUCAAAGGGCCAUGCUGGGAGUCAAAUAUCGGACAAUGUUCCUACGAACCCUUUACCUCGUACCGCAUUCAGCUUCUCAACGAUGCACCAUAUCCAAUUGAUCCCUUCACAUUCAUCUCUGCUCCAAUAGAUGAGCAAACUGCACAACAUAUGCCCGACAGCCAACACCCGGACGUGCAGUUUGCUGUUCCUGCACUUCCGUCGCGCCUCAAUGCGCCCCCGUCGACGUCGACGAGCGCCCCAAGCACAACGACACCGAGCCAGAAGCGUUCGUUGUUGAUACCCAAGACCACAUUCCCUGAGGCGCAUAUACCUUUAUUACUCCAGCGAAUGGCCUCACUGGCGACGAAUAACCUUACAUUUAUUGUGGAGAGCGUGCACCAGGAUCUGCGUGAACAACGUGUGAAGAAGAACGCGAUUGAGGCAAAGGUCCGGGAGAUAGGGGAGAAGUGCAAGAUGCAAAAGAUCUGGGUGGUCAAACCCGACGUAAAGGCUGCGUAUGGUUUGAUAUAG